AUGACUAUGCGACGUCUUCGGAACUGGGCUUAUAUUUUGAUGGCUUACAGAUACCAAAUAAAGUAUCGACCUACAGCGAAACAUGCCAACGCAGACGCUUUGUCACGACUUCCAAUUGGGCCAGAUGUGUCUUUCGACGAACAAGAUAAUAAUUUGCAUAAAGUAAACACUUUAAUUCUGGAAGAUUUAGACACCACUUCAAUAAAUGCAACAGUCAUUGGAAAUCUUACUAAGAAUGAUAAAUUGUUAAAUAAAGUUUCUUCGUACAUCAAGAAAGGGUGGCCGGUUAAACUGGCGAGCAACGAAAAGGAGCUGAAACCAUUUUUCGAACAUUAUGAUCGUGUCAUUAUUCCGGAAGCUCUGCAGUCCAGAGCAUUGAAAUAUAUUCAUGAAGGUCAUUGGGGCUGUUCGCGUAUGAAGCAGUUAGCAAGGCGGUAUAUCUGGUUUCCAGAUAUGGACAAGCAGAUCGAGAAAUUGGUAGCUAACUGCGUCAUAUGCCAAACAUCAGCAUCUAAUCCGAAAAAAGAAUACGUGAAUUGGCAACCAGCAGAAAAUCCUUGGGAAAGGAUCCAUUUGGAUUUUGCGGGUCCAUUCUUCAAUAAAAUGUGGCUGAUUUGCGUGGAUUCUUUCUCCAAGUUUCCAUUCGUGGUAUCACUUUCGUCGGUGACUUCUGAGUCUACAAUAAGAGCUUUACAGAUGAUUUUCGCCAUUGAAGGACUUCCAAAGACGAUAGUGACGGACAAUGGUACGCAAUUCACCGCUCAGGUUUUUGAAGAAUUUUGCCACUACCAUUCCAUACAACAUUGGAGAACAGCACCAUUUCAUCCUGCUUCUAACGGUCAGGCCGAAAGGUUCGUGCGAACAUUUAAAGAAGCGUUUAAGAAGAUUUUCGAAGAGGAGAAGAAUACUGAUGUUGCAGUCAACGUGUUUCUCUCGACAUAUAGAGCAACACCGAAUCCUAUUUCACAAAAGUCUCCAGCGGAGCUGUUGCACGGACGACAACAUAGGAACCUGCUUUCGUGUUUUCUACCGAACCAACAUAAAAUGUCUUUUUCAAGACAAAAACCCAAAUUCCAACCAAAUCAAAAAGUUCUAGCCAGACAAUACAGGAAGUCUAAGAAGUGGUGCAAUGGAGUUAUUACUAGCGUGUUGGGUAGUAACAUGUAUGGUAUCCAAACUGAUCGAGGAUACAUAAGGCGUCAUCAAAACCAAUUACGGUUAUUGAAGCAUCAACCUGAAGCAGACUCGACUUUGAUUGGAAGUUCAGAAACUUCACCAAGUUCUAAACAAGAUUCAAUGGAAGAAGUGCACCAGCACGCUUCCAAUCAUGUGGAUAUGGAUUCACCAGCUGGUCCACUCGAACUAAGAAGAUCCAAACGACCUAAAAAGGCUCCUGUACGGUUCCCUCAAGGAUGCUAA